AUGUGGUAUGUGGUUUGCCGCAACAAUCGCGCCAUCGACGCAGCCUUCGCUACUUUUGAUGCCGAUCAGGACGGGCGGAUAACCGCCCAAGACCUGCAGCUUGUGUUGGCCGAUGCAAACGGCCGAGAAGCUUGGCAAAAGCACAUGCCUUCGCUCUUUGAAGAGAUUGAAAAGCAAGAGAUCACCUCCAUACAGAGGACGGCGAGAAAUGCAAUGCGCAGUUUCAUGCACGUCCUGAAGAAGGAGGCCAUGAGGUAUGCGAACCUCGAUCAGUUCCGCCAGUAUUUGCAACAGAACAUGGAUUUCCGAGCUGGCGAUGCUCUCUACGCGGUGACUUAG